AUGUCCUGCAUUUCGUGGUGUGAUAGAGCACUGCUGACUGCCUUAUCAGAGGAUAUCAUUGAAAUCAGAGAGAAUGAGUUUGGAUGGGCUUACUUGGAUGACCAGAAUGGACCAUACUUUCGGAUUUUGCACCCUAUGUUUUUGGAAGGCCGCAGUAGUCCAGUGAAAGAGUCCAGGAAAGUGAAAGUGUCUCUGGCAUUGGAAAAGGCUGAAGAUUCAGAGGGCAGCACGGGGGCCAUUGAACACGCUCUACCUUCUAAGGACUUCAAAUUUCAUGUGGACGUUCAUGCCUUCGAUGACAAUGGACUUGAUGUUCCCUGCAAUGGUUUGGACUUGCUGUUCACGGAAGGUAUGGCGGUCAUCAGCACGGUUUCCCUGCAUUUCAUGCGAGCAUGCAAUACCACUAAGGGCGAAAUUCGUUCUUUUCAGUUGAAUUGGACAGCUCUUCAAGUGGUUGGUCAAACCAAAGCGUCAGCCACUGACCCGUUGGCUGUCUCUUCCUCCACCAAGAAAUGCGCUGCGGAUUCAGAGCUUCCUGGUCCUGUCAAAAAGCGUGGUCCAUUUUUCACUAGUGGCUCAAUGCACGGUGAAAGUUCCUCCCACACACUCUCACAUGCUGGCAAUGGGUGCACAGACAACUUGGUGGUCAAAGAGGAAGUGGAUGUAGAGGUGCGCACAGUUGAAAAGGUGGAAAAGGGUAAAGGAAAAGAGGAGGAUGUGUUCAUGAGUUCGAUCACCAUCGGUGCUGACGUGAAUUUGAAUGGUGAAGCAGUAAAGGAGAACGGAUGGGAUGAUUAA